GGUUUGCAGUGAUGUAGAGAUGUGUGUGGAGCCACGGUUGGUGGGUGAGAUGAAAAGCCCAUUCGCAGAGGCGCGCACGUAUCCAGUGCUCUCGUCGAGUUUAUGUAAAUACUCUACAAACGAUUGGGGAGGAAUAUCCGUCUCGCGCCACACCGAGAACACGACACAACUUCAACUGCACCUAGUAAGCAAGAUAAAGCGCAAAUGAAGGGUGAAGGUGAUGUAAAUACUGCGAGGAAAGAUGAGGAUGCUGAUGGAUCUGCUCGCUGCACUGGCCAUUGGUCUAAGCACAUAACUGGUAAUCUGGUAAUCAGAAGGACACUGGUUCGAACCCCACAGCUACCACCAUUGUGUCCUUGAGCAAGGCACUUAACUCACUUGUCCCUGUAAUAAGGGCUCUGUGAGAAACUCUUGGAUUUCAACAGCACUGAGGAGCAGCUGACGGAGUCUGCAGAGAACAGCAUGUGGCGAAAUGAAAAAUACGAAUCUGUCCCCUUGGAUGUGAAGGGGAUUGAUGAAGACAAUCCAACGGGCAAUAGUGACCCUGAAUAUCUACAGCAUGGCUCCGCUAUUGAUGAGGAACCAAGGCACUCGAAACAGGAGCCGUACUUCCAGGAUGGCCAGAGGCGGGUAGAUUACGUCCUCACCUACCACGUCCAGAAGCCCCAGAGCACUCGCAGGCAGUCGUCGCACUCAUGCGGCAGAGGCCUGAGUGAAAGCUUGGGCCGCAGGUUUAAACGUAAGCGGGCCAUCCCAUCUGCUCAAGAGGACCCUGAAUUUGCAGCCCAAGAGCAGAGACUUGAUUACCAUGACGAUGACCAGCGGCUCCGCAGGGAGGAGUUUGAGGAGAACCUGCGAGAUAUGGGACUUGUGAUGGAGAAAGAAGAAGGGACUAAAAUCCCAGGUGUGGGGUUUUUGAAGAUUCAUGCACCUUGGGAAGUUCUUUGUCGAGAGGCAGAGUUUAUGAAGCUCAAGAUGCCAACAAUAAAGAAAUAUGAAGUAAGUCAAGGAAGCAACAUUGUGGAGAAGAUCAACAUGUUCAUGUGCAAAGUCACAGCACCAUUGCAGCCUAAUGUGGGGGAGAAUCGAAUGCAAAAUGAGAAACAUCUCUCCUAUCCGUUCUCACGGGAAAAACAGCAUCUAUUCGAUAUAUCUGACAGAAGUUCCUUCUUUGACAGCAAAACCAGGAGUUCAAUAGUAUAUGAGAUUUUAAAAAGAACAAAGUGCACACGAGCCAAGUAUAUAAUGGGACUCAGCAGUCUACUUGGCAAUGGUAUCUACACUGCUGCCUACCCCCUGCAUGAUGGAGAUUUCGAUGAUCUGCAUGCUGAACCAAAUGACAGAAAGCUCUUGUAUGAGGAGUGGGCGAGUUACAGCACAUUCUACAAGUACCAGCCCAUUGGACUGAUCAGGAAGUAUUUUGGUGAGAAAGUGGGCCUGUACUUCGCCUGGCUGGGUGUGUACACUCAGAUGCUAAUCCCUGCAGCGGUUGUGGGCGUGAUUGUGUUCUUAUACGGCUGUGCCACUGUGGACGACAACAUCCCCAGUAUGGAGAUCUGUGACGAGAGAAAUAACAUCACCAUGUGCCCGCUGUGUGACCGAGCCUGCAGUUACUGGAAGCUGGUGACCGCCUGCGGCACGGCGAGGGCCAGCCACCUGUUCGACAAUGCCGCCACGGUCUUCUUCGCCAUCUUUAUGGCACUAUGGGCCACCAUGUUCAUGGAGCACUGGAAGCGAAGACAGAUGAGACUCAAUUACGUUUGGGAUCUGACCGGCUUCGAAGACGGAGAGAGUCAUCCCAGAGCAGAUUACGAGUUCCGUGUCAUGAAGAAGACCAUGAAGAAACAGAAGUCCACAGAGACCGGAAAAGAGAAGCUGACGUGCAAAGACAGAAUGCCAGCGUAUAUGACCAUUAUCAUCAUGAUGAUUUUUCUGAUCUGUGUGACGUUGGCCAUCGUGUUUGGCGUGGUGCUGUACAGGAUCUCCAUCAAGACUGCUCUGCACAUGAGCUCAACGUCCACCUUUCGCUCGAAUGUACGGGCCACAGUUAAAACCACCGCGGCCGUCAUCAACCUCAUCAUCAUCAUCGUCAUGGAUGAGAUCUAUGGAGCAAUCGCACGCUGGCUCACUGUUCUCGAGGUGCCAAAAACCGACAAAAGUUUCGAGGAGAGGCUGAUCUUCAAGACGUUUGUCCUAAAGUUUGCGAACGCAUUUACCCCCAUUGUGUACCUGGCAUUCUUCAGAGGCCGGCUCAUUGGACGUCCAGGCAACUAUAUCUACGUCAUGGGGUCUUACCGGAUGGAAGAGUGUGCCCAUGCUGGCUGUCUGAUGGAACUGUGUAUUCAGCUCUGCAUCACCAUGCUUGGUAAACAGCUCAUCCAGAACAACCUGUUUGAGAUUGGCAUUCCAAAACUGAAGAAACUUCUCCGGAAAUGCAAGAUUAACUCGAAGCAGCAGGAAGAGUUGAACAAAAUGCUUCAUCGCCACGAGAAGGACCACUUCCUUGGGCCCUUUGUGGGACUCAACCCAGAGUAUAUGGAAAUGAUCAUCCAGUUUGGGAUGGUGACCUUGUUUGUGGCCUCCUUUCCUCUGGCUCCCCUCUUUGCUCUUCUCAACAACAUCAUUGAAAUCCGUCUCGAUGCCAAAAAGUUUGUCACGGAGUUGAGACGGCCUAUCGCUGUAAGAGCAAAAGAUAUUGGAAUCUGGUACACCCUUCUGAGGGGACUGAGCAAAGUGGCAGUUAUUGUUAAUGCUUUCGUGAUCUCAUUCACUUCUGACCUCAUCCCACGACUGGUCUAUCAGUACAUGUACAGUCCAGACGGGACUCUUCAUGGCUUUGUCAAUCAUACUCUCUCAUACUUUAAUGUAAGUCACUUUCAGCCUGGCUCAGAGCCACUGGAGCCUCUGCACCUGGGAUACAAAGUGGACAUUUGCAGAUAUAAAGAUUACAGGGAUCCUCCGUGGUCUGACACACCAUACGAGUUCUCCAGGGAAUUCUGGGCCAUUCUGGCUGCCCGGCUAGCUUUUGUCAUUGUCUUUCAGAAUGUUGUAAUGCUGAUGAGUGACUUUGUGGAUUGGCUCAUCCCAGACAUCCCCAAAGACAUCAGCCUCCAGAUACACAAGGAGAGGAACCUCAUCGUUGAGCUGUUCAUGAAGGAGGAACAGGGCAGGAAGUACAGGAAUACUCUGUGCGACCAAAGCCCACAGCAUCUUCGGUCCCGUCCUAGCUCGCAAGCAUAGUCCAUCAUCACUCACUUAUCCCAGUGCUGAGAGGGAAUCACUUAUACUGUCCAUCCCAGAGCCUGCUGUUAACUCGGUUCAGCUCUGGUGACCCGCUCAAAUGCCGACUGACAACAUGGAAGGCUGUAGAAAACUUGGUCUGAAAGGACGAUGGCACUUAGGACCAGAUUUGUCACAAGAAAUGUUACGUGACUGCAGUCUCGCUUGCACACCAGAAAGAAGUUGCGACAAGAAAUAGAAAAAUUGUUUACUUUAUGUCUGUUUCCUCUGUAUCAAACACAGGAUUUUUUUAUUCUAUUAGCUAUAUACAAUAUCUGCAGGUAGGAUUAUUUGGAAAGUGGGCUCUAGGGUGUGUCGUUUUACUGAUGAAUAUUGUAUGCGGUUUUUGUGAAGCAUUGCCGAUGUGGCAUUCGUGUAGACAGCUAAUGAGCAAUUUAUUUGGAAAGUGCUUUUGUAUGAAUUUUAUUAAAUUUAAAAUGUUAUUUUUAUGCUUAAAAGAUCGGUAGGAUAGGAGUGAAACCAACUCAAAGCUGCGUAAGUGCUUUUUUAAUUAUUUAAUAUAAAAAAUGUCAUUCAGGAUCAUUCUUUGGGGGGUAGCUAGUCAGCUCUAGUACAUACAGUGAUGUUUUCAAUUGAGGGAUAUCAACUGAUCCCUGGGAUUUUAGAGCACUCGCACCUGAAAUGCUUUUUUGCAUCUGAAAAUGCUAUGUGGUUGUGCCAGGUUAGGGAUAUGCUGUAUAUAACAAUGCCAUGAAGUUCAAGAUGCCUUAAUAUGGAUGGAAAUGCACUGCAUUUAUUAGUAUUGCAUCAUAUGGACGGCUUAAUUGCGUCUACCUUUCUGAAUGUUUUCUAUCCCUUGUCUUGAGUCAUGACGUCCAACAAACCCUGACGAAAUAAGAACAAAGACGGAAACAAAUGUUAUAUCGGUGAAGUAUAUUGCAUGUGUCAUCCAUUCAAAGUGAGUAUUUGUGUCUCAAAAAGCUUUUUAAGUAAACAAUUCUAAUCCACAUAUAUUAUACUGUAUGUCUUGAAAAUAAAUUAUUAUAUUUUUGUGUAUGUUUUACAUUAUUUUAACUUAAAUUAUCACACAAAAUGUUGUAUUUCUUCAAUGCAAAAAUAGCAUCCUUGACUAAAUGUUAUCAUACAAACCCACUACAGCUCUUCUUCUAUUCAAAGUGUACCUAAAAAGGUCUUUAUUAUCAAUGUACAGUGUAAACCCAUAUUAGGACUGUUACAUCAUCCACAUACUGAUGAAAAGGAGAACCCUUUGUCUUUGUCAUAAAUGUAGAGUUGUCAUUGUGGAUUUCCAAAGUUUUAAACUGCUUACUGGGGUUAUGACUGUAUUGCUUUUGAAUUGUGUUUCUAAAAUAAAUAUGUCCU